AUGGCUCAAACGAUCAAGAGCGCUUUGCCCACUCACCUGAAGUCCCCUUUGGGCGGUCAGGGCAAGAGCGAUGAAGCCGAAUUCAGCUCCCGUCACCACGGCAAGACGAGGUCUCACAUGGCUUUCGAGAACACCUCCACCAGUGUCGCCGCCGCCCAGAUGCGCAAUGCCCUUACCCAGCUCGCCGAGACCGUCUCGGACCCCGAGCAGAAGAAGCUCUUCGAGACUGAGAUGGACAACUUCUUCGCCCUCUUCCGCCGCUACCUGAACGACAAGGCCAAGGGAAAUGUUGUCGACUGGGACCGCAUCGCCCCGCCCGCCCAGGGCCAGGUCGUUGACUACGAGGACCUCGCCAACUCCGAGUCCGUCCAGUUCCUCAACAAGCUGGCUGUUCUGAAGCUCAACGGUGGUCUCGGUACCUCCAUGGGUUGUGUCGGUCCCAAGUCUGUCAUCGAGGUCCGUGACGGCAUGUCCUUCCUCGACUUGUCAGUUCGCCAGAUCGAGUACCUCAACCGCACCUACGACGUUAACGUCCCUUUCAUCCUCAUGAACUCGUUCAACACGGAUGAGGACACCGCCUCCAUCAUCAAGAAGUACGAGGGCCACAACGUCGACAUCCUUACCUUCAACCAGUCCAGAUACCCCAGAAUUUUGAAGGAUUCUCUCCUGCCCGUCCCCAAGAAGUACGACUCGUCCAUCAACGACUGGUACCCCCCUGGUCACGGUGACGUCUUCGAGUCGCUCUACAACUCUGGCAUUCUCGACAAGCUCAUUGAGCGCGGCAUCGAGGUUGUCUUCCUUUCCAACGUCGACAACCUGGGCGCCGUCGUCGAUCUCCGCAUCCUCCAGCACAUGGUUGAGACCGAGUCCGAGUACAUCAUGGAGUUGACCAACAAGACCAAGGCCGAUGUCAAGGGUGGUACCAUCAUUGACUACGAGGGCUCCGUCCGUCUUCUCGAGAUCGCCCAGGUGCCCAAGGAGCAUGUCAACGAGUUCAAGUCCAUCAAGAAGUUCAAGUACUUCAACACGAACAACAUCUGGUUGAACCUCAAGGCCAUUAAGCGCGUCGUCGAGAACGACGAGCUCGAGAUGGAAAUCAUUCCCAACGGAAAGACCAUUCCUGGCGACAAGAAGGGCGAGUCUGACAUCUCCAUCAUCCAGCUUGAGACUGCCGUUGGUGCCGCCAUCCGUCACUUCAAGAAUGCCCACGGUGUCAACGUCCCUCGUCGCCGCUUCUUGCCCGUCAAGACCUGUUCCGACCUGAUGCUCGUCAAGUCCGACCUCUACACCGUUAAGCAUGGCCAGCUCCAAAUGAGCUCUAGCCGCUUCGGUGACGCCCCUCUCAUCAAGUUGGGCAGUGACUUCAAGAAGGUCUCGGACUUCCAGAAGCACAUUCCUUCCAUCCCCAAGAUUAUUGAGCUGGACCACCUCACCAUCACCGGUGCUGUCAACCUUGGCCGCGGCGUGACGCUCAAGGGUACCGUCAUCAUUGUUGCGACGGAAGGCAGCACUAUUGAUGUGCCUCCUGGAUCCAUCCUCGAGAACGUUGUUGUGCAGGGUAGCUUGCGUCUGCUUGAGCACUAA